AGUCCAGACUCUCUGAGUUCAUCUUCACACUGAAGUUUUCUGGAAGGAAAUGUGACACAGAGCAGCUCUGAACUUUGGACUCAACCACCUGAACACCUGCAGUCAAACAUUGACAGACACAAUAAAACCUUCUCAGAGGGAUUAGAAAGGUCUUAUGGUGAUUGUUGCAGCUUGAUCUAACACCAAACUGACGUGGUUUGAUUGACUCCCGGGACACCUGGCUGACACGCCGAUGGCUUACCGUAAGCUUUGUUCAAAAAAGGUAGUUUCGACUGGGAUGCACGAUAAUCCAUAUUUAUUUUGCAAACAGCGAAUACAUAAUCUUUCUUCAAUUCAUACAGGAUAACUCACAGCCGCCACCGCGUCGGUCAAAAACCGUUUGGCCCUUCCGGUAUCAACAAACCAACAACAGGUGAAAUCAAUCAAUGUUCCCUAAAUACCUGUGGUCGUGCCACAGGACAGCGACACCCACUGACGCAAUUGAGUACUUCACCAGGUGAAUAAAUGAACCGCUCUUACACAGUGAAUGGCUCUUACAGUGAUCUUUAGACUCCCUGACUAUUAUUGACGAUAAGAAAUAACACAGAGAGAAAUAUAAUCACGAGUAAAACAGUGACACCUAGUGGACAAAGACACCUGAGACUGGACAAGUGAAGAAAAACACAAAUCCUUCCCUGUAUUUCAGAGAGAUGACACACCUGCUGAAGACAGUUAAACUCAUGAAUCACCUUCUGCUCUCUGGUUUCUGCUCCUAAACAUAUAACAGAUCUGACUCUCUGAGGUUUCUGCAGCGCCACCUUAAUCAUGUGACACACAGUGUUAUACUGCCCAACACAUUACAUUAAAACUGAAGAACCAAAUGAACAGCCAAUGGAAAUAAGUCAUUGAAGAAAAAAAAACGUUUUUGUAAAGCAGAGCUGCAUUCAAAGUGCAUUUUGAAGUCUGUUACACACGCCUGUAGUCCCUCACACUAAGCUAGGCUUUAGAAAGACUUUCACCUGCUUUGGGGCUCUACUUUCAUAGUAAGAGGAACAUGGGGCCCACCAUUGCAGACAAAAAGAUACGUUACUAAUUCCACCGUGGAGAGCCGGCUGCAGUAGUGGGCCAGGACAAGAUGGAUUUCCCUGAAGAUUGCAAAUGUUUCUUUGCCCUCCCAGACCUUUGCCUUCAAGUACAAACAUGGAAGCUCCUGCAAAGGAAGAGCAGCAAAACUACCAUACAGACUGACCUCUGACCUCUGUGUGUUUACAUGAAUUUGCCAGUAGAAGGGAGAACUACGCAGCUAAAAUGGGAAACGGUGACAGAGUCUGAUCAAGUUUAUACAGGUACCAGACAAAGAUGACAGGAGUAGGGACGUACACUAAAAUCCAAACUACAAAAAUGAAUGUUAAGAAAAAGAAACACAACAAGAAGGCAGACUCAAUUUCAUGCAAGAAAACUAAAAAGUCUUAUGAAAGCGUCUUUUCCACAACGCUAGGGAUUUGUGAAAGUAAAAUGCUGGAUAUAACAGAGAUUUGUUUUUCAGGAUUGUACAGAGUUCUCAAAAUUCUUCAGAAGAUUGGCAUCAUGGAGAGAAAGGUGUGCUGAUUGAAGCAGAAUCAUGAGUAAAGAAGGAACGAUUUCCCUCUGUGCUAAAGAAAUAAGCAUCAGACUGGUUCACAUGAUGUCAACUUGCCCUUUGCAUCCCACCAAAGUUGCACACAACAACAGCAUGACUGUCAAGUAGUUGUGGAGGAAGCAGCAACAGAAGGCCGGCUUUAGUGUCCUGCCUGAUGAACACUCAGUUCCUCUGCAGAAGCCCCUGACCUCCACUACCUACCCCUCUGAAAAGGAAGAAGUCGAUCAAUAGAUGUUGUUGUAUAAAAUAUUGUGGCAUAAUCAUCAAUACAUUUUAGACAGGCGGGAUCAUUAUUGACAUUUGCAGCUUGUGAAGUGACUGUUUUUAUUACUCUGGACUAGAAUCAAGUCAGACCUGAAGCCUCAUGCUCUCCUUAGUCUUAUAUAACAUGGUGCUUUUACAUGAAAAAAACAAAGUGGUCUUUGAAAAUGUUGACAUCAAGCACCGAAGUUCACCGGUCUGGUUUUCUGCGGACCGUAAAACUGACUCAUCAUUUCAUACUUUUUAAACCUUUUUCAGUUAUUGAAGAUUUUUAGAUUGUAGCACAGAGCACUAGCCAAAACACUGAUGUUAGCAUCAUAAAUCUCCAGAGUAGAAGACCCAUGAGCUCAGAGUCACUGAAACUCCUCCUCCUCCACCAACACUUCAGGUUUUUUAACUGAGGGCCAAAUGAAGAACACACCUGAGGACCACUGAUCAGGUUUGGUAGGUAUCGUAGACAUCCUCGUCCUGCUCCUUUGCUCUCUGUUCUGAAUCAGAUUGUGGCCUCAAAGACAGGUAUGAAAGUUUGCACAACAAAACAACCUAAAAACUGGAUUAUUUGGCACUGAUUUACUGAGCGUUAUAAUGGAGAAUACGACUGCUUCCAUGUACUUCAAUCUCACCAUGUUUGUGGACAUCGGACACUAUCGCUAUUUAGCCUUCGUGUUUUGCUUCCUGCUUUACAGUUUUAUAAUCUAUGCUAAUGUUGUUAUAAUAGUUGUGAUAUCUGGAGAAAGAAGCCUACAUGAGCCCAUGUACAUGUUUAUAGCUUUAUUAUCUGUCAACUCUCUGUACGGCUCCACCGGUUUCUUUCCAAGGUUUCUUGCAGAUCUUGUGUCUGAUCGUCAUUUGAUCUCUCGUCCUGCCUGUUUUAUUCAGAUCUACAUCAUUUACACAUAUGCUUCCAAUGAAAUGACUAUUCUGGGCAUCAUGGCCUAUGAUAGAUACGUGGCUGUAUGUAAACCUCUUCACUAUCACAGGAAGAUGACCUCAAAAACUGUUAUGAAGUUGGCAGUAUUGGCCUGGAUCUGUCCUGCGUUUGGUCUCCUGGUGUGUAUUUAUUUGUCCUCCAGGCUCCCUUUAUGUGGUGAUAAAAUACAGAAAGUGUUUUGUGCAAACUGGAACGUUGUCAAACUUUCAUGUGUUAACACGGAUGCUAACAAUGUUUUUGGUUUCCUGCUGACCAUAACCACAGUUUUCCUGCCCCUCUGUUUCGUCUUGUUCACCUAUAUGCAGAUUGUGGCUGUUUGCGCUAAAAGCUCCGCUGAAUUUAAAGGGAAAGUAUUACACAGCUGUUUGCCACACAUGGUCUCAUUUGUGAUUUACUCCAUCGCUGGAUUCUGUGAUAUUGCAUUAAGUCGGUAUGAUAUUGAAGAGAUAAAUCCAUUUGCUGCUGUUGUUCUUUCACUGGAGUUUGUUGUGAUUCCUCCAGUUUUGAAUCCUCUCAUUUAUGGGCUGAAAUUACCGGAAAUUAGAAGAUAUAUUUUACAGUUUUUAUCACUGCAUAAGAUAUCGUCUUAAUGGUGAUCAUGUCCACAUAACCACAGCUCUGAGAAACAACAGAGGUGGAAGAAAAGACUGAAAUACUGAAACUCAUCACCACAUUAAACUGUGAGACUUUUAUUCUAUGAUUAUUUUAUUGUAAUUGUUCAUGUGUUCACAAACGUCAAAUGAAAUAAAUUCAUGAAGGUUGUGUCCUGGUCUUAACUCAUUACAUGUAUGCCUCUUUUUUCUUUCUUACUUAUUUAUUUACUUCUUCGACGUUUAAUCAAUCCUCAGAAAUGUGAAUAACUUUGGUUAAAAGCUGCAGAUCCACUGUAAAGAAAAGAUGCUGUCUGUGCCAUCAACUGUAAAACCGCAGACAGAGGAAGAAUGAGUUCAGAUUGAACUUUAACAGGCUGCUUUUACUUUUGGAAACUGAACAGUUGGUCUUUCAUACAGUAUUUUAAAAUGAUAUAAGCCUCCUCAUUGGGAUUUCACAGAGUACAUAAUUUUCAGAGAUAACUGGAAAGUUGAUAUGUUGAAACACGACUGAGCAAUACGUCAUUAUGAGUUAAUAAGACCAUCAAGACAUUUCUGUUUCAGACUGUAACUGUAACCCAUGAAACCUGUGCUGCAGUGUAGAAAUGUCUGCAUCCUAACCUCCAUCAGUUUAAUAUGUGCUGAUAAAUUAUUGGUUUUAGUUGAAAUAUGGCCACCCAGCACAGGUAACAAUUCAAAAAUAUGGUUAAAAUUAAUAAAACACAACAAUAAUACUUCAUUUCCUGACAAUGGGUUAUUUAUCUGCACCAAUUUAGGUCUUUUCUGUAACACUUUUGUUCAGGAUAAAUAAAAUACAGUCGCUGUAACCAACUAAGGGGCAAGAAAAUUCAUAAUAUUGAUAUUCUUUAUCCUCUUCUGAAGA